AUGGCAUCAACACGAGGUGCAUCGCGACCAACAUCAACUAGCAAAACAUCGGCUUUUAAUCCUCAUCAUACGAAUGGUUCGGCAACUUCUUACGAUAUAAAUGACUCAGCAGCAAACAUGACUUAUCCGUCAGGCAAUAGUUCUGAAUUUGAUCCAAAUCUACAACGAUCGUCUCUGAUGAAAAAUGUCUCGCAAUAUGACGGUAUCUAUCGAAAUGCUCGAUUUAUUCAUGCAAUAAGUAGUGGAUUGCUCGGUCAACAAGUUGUCAUUCAAACCAGUGAUCAUGAGCGUUUUCAUGGUGUACUCGAAACACUUUCGCCUAAUGCUGAUAUUAUCUUAACUGUUUCACAUCGAUUAGAUAAUAAUAAUAAUGAUAUAAUCACUUCGUCAACAUUACCAAUCGAUCUGAUCGAUACUAUUGAUACCUCCGCACAAACAUUUGAAUUACAUAAACGGAUUAUUAAAGCAUCAAAUAUUGUCGAAAUCAUUGCUGUUGAUGUUGACCUGUCUGGUAAUGCUAAAUGUUCUUUGGAUGAAAAUCCAAAAGUCAGUCAUCAUGAACAAGAUCGCUUCAGUCGAAUGGAACAUUUCUAUGGUUCGGACGAAAUUGAUCCGGAUACAUUAGAAGAUCUGGGUGAUGAUGGAAAAACUGGCUUUGAUCCUGAGGAUAUGUUUCAUACAAACCGUGAAAAAUUCAAUGCAAAAACAGAUUUCGACGAAAGCAAAUAUACAAAUGUUCCUGUGCGUCAAUUGUCUGCCGCUGAUCUCUUAGAAAUUGAAAAGAAAGUUCAAGAAAUAGAAAGAGGCACUCGAACAGAAGAUGUUGAUGAAGAUGAUGCAGGCGUCAAACGUCCAUCGGAAUCUCAUAAUCUCGACGAAGGAAAUAGUAACCCGAAAUCGAAUCGUACCAACCGAAACGAUUUCAUUUAUGACACUGAAUACAAUUCUUCCAAACGCGAUAAUUGGCGUGAACAACGCUCAACUGGUGGUCAGAAUAAUAAUCGUCGCGGUGGUGGAAACAAUCCCAAACAAACCCAAUAUUCAUCGAAUAAUAGUCGCCAACAGUAUAACACGCGUAUUGCACGUAACAAUCGGUUUCCUGAUAAUCGGUCACCACAUGAGGGACGUGAUUCACCAAUGCACCAUCCAAACGAUGAGUCCAAUCGGAAUCAACGACUGAAUAGUGGCAACUUUCCACAAGACCAAACAUCUGGCCCAUCAAGUCCAUCGACAGCAAUUCCAGCGCGAACAAUCUAUCCGAGUGCACACCGAUCGACAGGAAAUCGAAAUUCACCAGCACCGUAUACUGGUAGUUCAUCAUCGCGUACGAAUUCGAUUUCAACGGUCUCACCACCAGCAAAUCAACAAACAGGAAACAAUAAACUACCUAAGAAAUCAUCGCUCAAUGAUCAACAAUCAAUUAAUGAUGAAUCCGAUCAACCAAAACAACAACGUCCAUCAAACAAUCAAUCGAAUGUCUCAACACUCAAUCGUCCAUCACAAUUGCAAUCCAGACAACAACCACCUUCGACGAAUGUUAAUCCUUCGGCAUCGUCAAAUCUUCCAAAUCAAGACGAUAAUUCAUCUAGUCAUGACACAAUCAAUACAAAUCAAUCACAAACAACUGGAACGACAACACCGAAUUCGAUGAAACUGAAUGCUGGCUUAAACCCUGAAGCCGACGAAUUCGUCCCAAUAUUGCCGCGAGAAGCAAGCUCUCGACCUGAAUCACGCGAUGCUUCUACCACUGGCCCAAUACCAAUGAAUGCUUUUAUUCAGCAUCCUCAUCCUCAAGCAUUGCAUCUGAUACAACAGCAACAACAUCAAUCCCAACAACAAAUUCCGUCACAACCGACGCCGCCCAUUAUCGCUGCUACACAUCCACAAAAUGCUGCAGCUUUAUAUCAACAAUAUUAUCAAACACAAUUCGCGGGCAUGCCACAAUUCAUUAGUGCUGCACCACAACAAAUGACAGUCGGGGUGAUGGGCGCUCCAAUGGUUCCAUCCCAGCCACUAAUUGGAACUGGACCGAACACAAAUAGUUCGAAUAAUGGAAGUUCGAGCGGAAUGACUACACCCAACAGUUCGGUUAGUGGUGGCCCAACAUAUAAAGUCAAUAAUACGAAUCAAACACCCAGUGCAGAUAAUAGUAACAAUGGAGGAAAUAAUGCUGUUCCGAAGAAAGCCGUUGUAUCCGUUCAACGUUCAGAACAGCCAAAUGUUUCUCAACAACAACCACACAUGCCCGGUGCUCCACAAAUGAUUCUUCCUGCCGCACCUAUUCGUUAUUAUUCACCCGAGUACCUUGCACAACAAGCUUCGUCUCAAUCUAUGCAAUUUCAACAUAUUCCGCUCUAUUACCAAAUGAAUUCUGCAGGUCUUAUUCAAGCAACGACAGCUGCCGGUCAGUCUCAAAAUAUCAUGAUUGCUCCCGCUAGUUCACAAGCAGGACCAACACCAGCAGGCUUAUCACAACUCCACUAUGCGAGUGUUUAUGGUGAUGAAUUGAAAUCGUGCCUAUAUCCUCGAUUACUCAUUUACAUUCUUUUUUUUACAGAUCCUCGAUUGUACAGCAUAUAUCCAUCAGCGGCAAUUAAUCCAGCAAGUAUUAAUCCUAAUUGGCAGUUACCUCGAUCGCCUCCUCAACAGCAACAACAAUCAGCAGAGCAACAGUCUCAGCAACAACAACAACAACAACAGCAGCAGCAACAACAACAACAACAACAACAACAACAACAGCAACAACAACGUGGGUACGGUAAUGGACAAAAUGUCACGACUCAACAAGGUUCAUCAACCGGCGGAUCGAACAUGGGCGGUCGAUCAGCAUCUGUAUCUGGUCCUUCAGUGGCACCGCAAUACACAAUAAAUGGACCAAUGUCAGCAGCGUAUGCUUAUGGUGUUCCUGCCAGUUGGAUUUCUGGCCCUCAACAAAUUGCACAGUCUCAAGGAAAUCUACCUCCCCAGAUGAAUCCGGCAUUUAAUGUUGUCUUCGAUCCGUCUCAGCAAGGAGCAGCUCAAGCACCAACCUAUGCACAUUCAAAUUCCUACGAAGCAUCUGCUUACUAUCCGCAAACAACACAACAACAGCAAACAUCUUCUCAACAAAACUUAGAUCAAGUACCACAAGGCAGUUAUAACCGUUAA